GCAACUAUGUUGAAACAAUGGGGCUAAGAGGGUAUAAAAACCUUAGGUAUGCUGCAGUCUGUCCUUUUAACAGAAAAUCUUUUUACAUAACUGCUGGACUGCAAAAAGAGGUAAGCUUGCUGUCUCUAACUCUGAAACUACUGCCACUUUUUGCCCAUGCUGUCUUUAGUAAAUAAUGGUGCCUAUGCUUAUUGCAGUGUGAUCUGUUUUAGCAUGGAACCAGUAACUUCAAACUGCAUUUUACCACCAGGCCAAGGCCCACACACACAUGGGGGGAACCAGAACAAUCAUGUUCCAGCAACACUUUAUCCCAUAGUGAAAGUACUGUCAAAACAUGACCAGAGGGAAAACAAACUCAAAAGAAAAAGAGAGGAGACAGCUGAAAAGGAAAAUUCACCAGCAUCAGUGACUGAUGGACGGAUGAAGCCUAGCAUGGGCAACCUUUCUGAAAAUACUGUAGUCAGCGCUACAAGGACACCUCCUCCAGAACCACCAAAGAAACUCAAAAGAAAAAGAGAGGAGACAACUGAAAAGGAAAAUUUACCAGCAUCAGUGACUGAUGGACAGAUGAAGCCCAGCAUGGGCAACCUUUCUGAAAAUGCUGUAGUCAGCGCUACAAGCACACCUCCUCCAGAAGAACUACCAAAGAACCAAAAAUCUGCUUUGAGACCUUUAACAACGCAAAACAGCACUGAAGUGCAGAUGAAGCAUCCGGGCAGCCCAGACCUCAUAUACGUGAAACCCAAGGACAAAACAAAAGACUCUGGUAAAAAGCAACCACACAAACACAACUCCAGUUGCUCAGCGGCUACAGCCACACCAAGCCCUGAGAAAACUGUGAGCGAAAAUGCCCACAUUCACAAACCCAGAGCACGCACUCUAGGGGUUCUGAAGGUGCGCAAACCUGGAGCAUGUGAUGUAUGGGCUCCAUAUAAAAAACCAUGGACUAGAAGCUUCUGCGAUGCCAAGGUGUUGCAACCACACAAACACAAUUCCAGUUCUUCAGCGGCCACCGCCACAGCAAGCCCUGAGAAAACUGUGAAAGAAAAUGCCCACGUUCACAAACCCGGAGCAUGCGCUCUAGGGGUUGUGAAUAAAACACCGAGCACUGACAAAACAUUCUCCCAAAACCAUAAGCUCGCCACAGCUCCCCCAAGUUCUAGUGUUUGGGAAGAGUUUGAUGCUUCCAUCAGAAAAGUGAUGGAUGCUGUAUCCUCGGGGAGUCUAAAAGAACGGCCUUCUAGAAAGACUUGGGAAAAAUAUGAUGCUUUGUUCAGAGCAAUGUUAAAAGACAGGAGGGCUGAAAAGGGUGUCUCUGAGCAGGCAUGACUAGUCGUGGAAAGGGGCCUGGGUAAAAGGGGCACCCUCCAGAGUACACAUCAGCUUAUGUGUAAACAAAAGGGGGGACAGCGCUUGAGGGAUAAACGGAUGGCUGCCAAAAAGUUUCAGGCCAGGGUGGCUGUAAAAAUCUUAAAAAGGGCUAAAGAGGUAAUGAGGAAAAAAAAACAAAGAGAGAUGCCUCCUACUGGAGGCUCUCAGACUGGCUUCUCUGAAAAUGGGGAGAUGGAAUCAGACUCUGGUUUAGCAAAUUCCCCAGAGGGCUCUCUAGACAGGCCCCAUUCUACUUCCAAUGACCCUCAUGGAGGCUUCUCAGAGUUUGACUCCCAAAUAGCAUCUGAUGUAGAAGAUCCCUCUAAUGAUCCCAUAGAGGAACCCCCAAGUAACCCCGAAAAUGCAGAGGUGUAUAUGGAAAGAGUGAGAAGUUGGCAACAUGAAUUACCUAGAUUUGGGGGGUCAGUAUAUUGUGAGGAAUUUCGUUUUGUCAAUCUUGAGCAAAUAAAUUCAGCUCAGCAGGUUGUUGAAGCCAUACACCAAGGAAUACAGUUGGUGCUCGAUGAUGUUAAUGGUAGGGUAGGCCCUGAUGAUUACGUUCAGUUACGUUUAGAGAGCCGUAAUUUAGCUAACCCUUUGUUUUCAGUCAGAAGAACUAGGGAUGAGCUAUCUGCUGAGGAUUUCUUAAAUCAGACCUCAAAGCUGCUACAGAGCAAUAGAGAGUUGCAUCUCGAUGGGACAUUGCGCCUUGUUGUGACAGUUGUGAAAAACAGGGGUGGGGGUGCUCGUAGAGUUUUAAAUUCUAUCCUUAGUAGUCAAAUUAUUCAUA